AUGAACGGUUCCAUCGAACGCUUCAGGGGUGGAGCAUGGAAUGGUCAAAGCUUUGCUAAUUCACCAUCUCUGCUACCAAGUCCUGCUUAUAACUAUAUAUUUGCAUCCGAUUCAGAGAAAAUAUAUUUCACGUAUGAACUCAAAGACAGCUCUGCCAUUGGAAGGGUAGUGAUGCAACUAAAUGGAUUUCUAGAGCUUUCUACAUGGAACAAUCAAACUCAGAAUUGGGAUAACUUUGGUAGCGCACCAGCAGACAACUGUGACAUUUAUGGCCAGUGUCACACAUAUGGUUUGUGCAACAGCGGUAACUCUCCAAUCUGCAGAUGUUUGGAUAAAUUUGAACCCAAAGAUCCAACAGAAUGGGCCAGGGGAAAUUGGUCAGGUGGCUGUGCUAGAAAGACAACAUUGAAUUGCCAAAAGGAAGUUAAAUUCUUGAAGUAUGCAGGCAUCAAGUUGCCAGACACUCGAUUUUCCUGGUACGGUCGAGGAGUAGCUCUUAAAUUCAUAAAAUGA